CAAUGAAUAUAAAACAAAACGCAAAAUUUGAACUGUUUUUGAGAGUCAGUUCCCUCGACAGCAUAAAUUGGAGGGUGACGGAGGAGUAGUUGCCGGCAGACCAACAGCAUCAUCCAUCCAACAGAGCAUCCUUCUUCCUUCCCCGCCGGCCGCCGGAACAAUGGAUCCCCGCCGCCGAUCCACCAAAAAGCCACUUGCCCCGCCCCUCAGUAACCUCCACCGUCACUCCGCCGCCGGCCACCGCCAAGAAGACGACAGCCAGCGCAGAGCCUCCGACGCCCUGCCCCUCCCACUCCAGCUCACCAACGCCCUCUUCCUCGUCCUCUUCUUCUCCGCCGUCUACUUCCUCCUCCGCCGCUGGAGUGACAAGAUCCGCACCCAAACCCCUCUCCACGUCCUCACCUUCUCCGAAAUCCUCGCCCUCCUCGCCUUCCUCGCCUCCUUCGUCUACCUCCUCGGCUUCUUCGGCAUCCAAUUCGUCCAGUCCUUCCUCCUCCGCCCCGACGACGACGAGAUCGUCGCUGUCGACGGCGGAUUCGCCGCCGCCUGCCCCCAAUCCCUAAAUUGCGCAAUCCCCGCCGCCGCCACUCCUGACCUAGCCGCCGCCCCAAUUGAAUUAUUACUUCCCCAAAACGACGAGGAGCUCGUCCAAUCCGUCGUCUCCGGCGCCGUACCUUCCUACUCCCUCGAAUCCAAAUUGGGGGACUGCAAGCGCGCCGCCGCCAUCCGCCGCGAGGCCCUCCAGAGGAUCACCGGCCGCUCCCUCUCCGGGCUCCCGCUCGAGGGAUUCGAUUACGAUUCAAUUCUAGGUCAGUGCUGCGAGAUGCCAGUCGGAUACGUCCAGAUCCCCGUCGGAAUCGCCGGCCCACUCUUGCUCGACGGCACCGAGUACUCCGUACCCAUGGCCACCACCGAAGGCUGCCUCGUCGCCAGCACCAACCGCGGCUGCAAGGCGAUUCACCUCUCCGGCGGGGCCACCAGCGUCCUCCUCAGGGACGGGAUGACCAGGGCUCCGGUAGUUCGAUUCCCCAACAUCGCGAGGGCCGCGCAGCUCAAGUUCUACCUGGAGGAUCCCCGCAAUUUCGACACGGUUUCCAUGGUUUUCAACAGAUCCAGCCGAUUCGCCAGGCUGCAGAGCGCGAAUUGUACAUUGUCAGGGAGGAGCGUCUACAUUCGAUUCUGCUGCAGCACUGGGGACGCCAUGGGGAUGAACAUGGUCUCCAAAGGUGUUCAGAAUGUGCUGGAUUUCCUCCAGGAUGCCGAUUUCUUCCCUGACAUGGAAGUCGUCGCCAUCUCCGGCAACUUGUGCGCGGAUAAGAAGCCUGCAGCAGUGAACUGGAUACACGGCCGAGGGAAGUCGGUGGUGUGUGAGGCCGUGAUCAGAGGAGACGUGGUGAACAAGGUACUGAAAACCAGCGUGCAGUCGCUCGUCGAGCUGAACAAGGACAAGAAUCUGGUUGGUUCGGCCAUGGCAGGGGCGCUUGGCGGGUUCAAUGCGCACGCCAGCAACAUCGUGAGCGCGGUGUACCUAGCCACGGGCCAGGAUCCGGCGCAGAACGUCGAGAGCUCGCACUGCAUCACUCUGAUGGAGAGUACGAACGAGGGGCGGGAUCUCCAUGUCUCGGUCACCAUGCCCUGCAUCGAGGUUGGAACGGUGGGAGGUGGGACGCAGCUCGCGUCGCAAGCUGCGUGCUUGAACCUGCUCGGGGUGAAGGGCGCCUGCUACGAGGCGCCAGGGGCGAACGCGAGGCGACUGGCGACGGUAGUUGCGGGGUCUGUUCUGGCCGGCGAGCUGUCGCUGAUGUCGGCGCUCGCGGCAGGGCAGCUGGUGAAGAGUCACAUGAAGUACAACCGGUCCAGCAAGGAUGUCACCACCCACAAUGCUGCAGCUGCUGCUGCUGCUUCCUCGUAGUUUAAAUUUUCUUUGAAUCUAAUUGAAUCAAAGGGAGGGCCAUUGUCGUUUGGUCAAUUGCAUUUUGGAGGGAGAGGGAGGAGGCUGUAUUGCAUUUCAUGGUUAAGCCAUCAGGGUUCUGAAAGUAAGGCUUUUUCUCUGUAUAGAAAUGACUUUAAUGGUUAAGCCAAGUUUUUCUUUGUGGUCUCCUUCCGGCUGUGGCUCUCUUCUUUCUUUUUGGAAUGUGUUGUUUAGGGUUGCAGAAGCCAGUGUUUGUCCCCUAAUCUUGCACUUGGCUUUUUUGUAUGAACAAAGGUGUGUUCUUUAUGCACUUAAUACUUAGCUUGUAUCACUUGUCGAGUUUAGUAUGGUU